AAACUGCCCACACAGACGUUAGUAUUUAUCAGGUUAUAACAAAAUUUGACAGACUAUGCAAUUGCCAAAAAUGAGAAGAGUUCAAGAGAAAAAUCCACCAAAGCCUGGUGCACAGACAAAAAAGAAGAAAACCAUUUUCACUAAAAUAUCACACAUCUAUCUGCAAGACAAGAAACUGACAAAAAUUCCAAAACAUCCACCAUCAAGGGAUCUACAAGUUUUGUACCUCUACAACAACAAAAUAACAACUAUAGAAAACUUAUACUUCCCAAACCUCACUUGCCUGUACCUACAAAACAAUGCUAUAACCAAAAUCGAAAACCUUGAGCAUUUAGUUUCGCUGAAGAAGCUCUUCAUCGGUCACAACAAAAUAAGUGUCCUUGAAGGUAUGAACAACUUAGAACAUUUAGAAGAACUGCAUAUUGAAAAGCAAGAUAUUCCCGAGGGCAGUAAUUUUUGUGUUGAUCCUAGGACUAUACUCGCAUUAUCAGUAAGUUUUGCAAUCUCAUCUCCUUCCACUGCGCCACUGCUACUGUGCUUUUCAAGAAGUACGCAUUUUCUGAAAGGUCAAGAAAGCUUCCCUACUAAUAUUGGAUAUCUCUCACAACAAGCUUUGUUCUUUGGAUUAUCUAAUACCGCUAAGAAACUUGGUGAUGAUCAAUGUAUCUCACAAUGAUCUCGACGAUAUAAAGGAUGUCUGUCAAGCAGUGAGAGACUGGAUGUACUUGAGAGAGGCUAAUUUUACAGGCAACCCAAUAUGCAAAAAGCAUCGAUACAAGGAUGAAAUAAUUUCAAACUCAUACUACUUACAUACUUUGGAUGGCAAACACAUAUCGGACGUCACCAGAAAGUUCAUUAAAGGAUUUGAAAGGGAAAAAUUGGUUCGUGCUUCUAAGCAAAGCAUUAACAUAAAUGAGGUUGCAGAAGGAUUUCCAAGCAACUACCCAAGUUCGCUGAAGAAGGCAGCAUCUAUCUCUUUAUUGAGGCAAUCUAGGAAUCUUCUACCUGAUGACCUGUCCACGUUUGAUGAGCGGGAUGCCGUUCAUAUAGCUUGGAAGACAAUGCCACAGAGGAAGCCAAUUUUGAAAAACUCGCAGCCAAGGGUAACCCCAGGAUCACUCAAAAAGACAGUCACUGUCAACAAUUUUUUGCAGAUACACAGAUAAUGUAUUUUUCCUAAAAUAAAUUAUACAUAAACGAUA